AUGUCUUUCGAACGUCUACGUAUUACAAAACCCAUAGACUACGGCUCGGUUGUUAUCAGCGUGGACGGCAAUAAUCAUCAUUCUCAACAACCAUCUUUGGCAUCAGAUACUACGCAUUCCCAAAACUCUUAUGUCUCCUUUUACAGUUAUCCGGCGUAUAUCGACGAUGAAGACUACGAUGAUUAUGAGCCGGAGAAAGACUACAAAACGCUAUUCAAGGAGCAUUGUGUUGCAACACCGUUUAUCAUUCUUGCGGUAUCGCUUUUCGUUCUGCCGACGGUCUACUGGCAUUCGUUCCAAUGGGAUUCUCUAUGCAUGGGGCUAGCCGGGUGGACAGCCGCACGUCUACUCAUAAAGCCUGUCGACUGGCUGUUUUCAACACUGCUUAGGAGGCAGCUGUCUACAAAUUCGUUAUUCCUUAAUGUUACAUUUGGAAUCCUCGAAGAGUCUAUUAGGCUUGAAUUAAUCCUCUUAAACUUUGCUGAGACGGACUUUCUAUUUGCAUACUGGCUUGGAUUAGGCUGGGCAUCAGCAGAAGCUAUCUGCUACAUCAUACGACAUUUCAAGGAAAUACGCUUAUACAAAGAAGACGUUGACACCGAUUUCAAAGCAAGAGAUGCUAUAGAAGAUACUCUGGGCAAGCCAUUAAAUACAUUAUCUGCCUGGUGGGGUGUCAUGUGGACGCUGUCUACAACUAUGUUAAAUAUUGGAUUAAGCUGCUGGAUAUAUAGUUCAUCCACACUUGUGUAUGCUGCUGCUAUCCUACAUGCAACACUCUAUGUCAUUUGGGCAAAUUGUCUUCCUUCGUGGGGGAUCCCAACAACAAGUUAUAGAAUGCUCAUCACAUCGAUGGCAGUUUUUCUCGUUGGGUUGGCCCUCCUUGGUGUCAUAGAAUAG